UAUGCCUUGGGCCUUUUAAAUUUGCAUCCUAAAAUAAAAAUUAAAAAGAAAAGAAAAUGGCAAAUGGCGACAGCGAGGAGAGAGUUCGGUGAUGGAGAUCUCGCCCUGCAUACAGGAGACCCUGGGUUCUGUUACCAAAGGUAAAAAUUCAGAACGAGGCAGAUUCCCAUUCUCAGCAGUGUGUAGCCUGACCCCAAGUUGAGGGGUAUCGCACUACCAGAUUUUCAUUGUCCUGGCAUACUCUGGGCUGCCUCUGGCAUGAAAUGCCUCCCAACAUCCUCCUUUUACAUGGGGAUAAAAGAACCCCGAAUCAAGAGGGCACCAAAUAUAGGUAUUUGAAUGGGGUAUCCCCACCCUUUCUCCCCUCCCUCUCCCCCCUUCUAUCCCCUGGCGCCUAUAAUCACCGGGCGGUCUGAGGCUAAGUGGUAGUUUUGCCCACUGUGGGGGGACUUGAAAACCACACCCCUCCCCCUGGGCCCUCCUGGCCCUUCCCAAAGUCCCAGUCUCCACUAUUGAGAUGGGUCUGAAGGGGGCUUGGUGUUUCCCAUGCUGUGGGUGCCGGAGACAGCGGGAGACUGAAAGGGAAACAGGCCUGGAAGCAGCUUCCCCUCCAGAUCCUAGUCCAGCUGUAGCCCCCAAUGUGACUGGAGAACUGCCCUCCCCAGAGGCUGGUGCCUACUUAAGCCGGAAAGCUCGACUCUCCUUCCGCCACCAGCUGCAUGAUGUGGCAUCAGCAAAUGACUCUACCAUUUGAAAAGCACAACCAGGGGCUCAGCCUCCAAGAACUCUUGGCAACCUCGGACACCACGUUCUCAGUGGGCCCAAGUCUGUCAUAACCUCAUUAAAUUCGUUCGGAGUUGCAAA